AUGGUCGAUUCUGCCCCCUCAUGGCUCAAACUUAACUUUGAUGGCACCACUCGUAGUGGUGUUGCAGUGGGAGCAGGAAUUAUUAGAGAUAGCUUGGGCAACCUAAUUCUGGCCUAUGCGGGGAAUUGUGACUCUGUCUCGAGUAACAUGGCUAAAGCCCUUGCUCUCUUUUGGGGGCUUAAAUUGGCCCUUGACAUCAAUGCUAAAAGGUUGAUCAUUGAAGGGGACUCUAAGCUAAUUAUUGAGGUGGCUAAAGGAGUUGCAGGGAUUAGCUGGAUGAUCAACAACAUUAUUAAGGACAUUUGGUCCAUGAUUAUCUGGCUUGGGGAAUUUCAAAUUCAUCACAUUUACAGAGAAGUGAAACGAAAGCCAGAUUUUGACUUUCUCAAGCCUCCUGGACGUGUUGGAAUAGCCACAGAUGCUUCCAGUAUAACCAGAAAUGCUACAAUCACCCAUAUUUCAUAA